AUGCAACCUUCAGUGGAAUAUUUCGCAUUUGUCGUGGAUCGACAAGGAAUCCAUCCAUCGCCUCGUAAAGUUCAAGCUAUAAGGGAGGUACCAACUCCGGAAAAUCCAACAGAAUUGAAGUCAUUUCUGGGGCUAGUGAACUAUUAUCGUAAGUUUAUUCCAAAUAUGGCAAAGUUGGUUAAUCCUCUGAAUUGUUUACUGUCACAAGAAGUUACUUGGAAAUGGUCGGAAGAACGUCAGAAAUCCUUUGAGAAUUUAAAAGUCCUAUUGGAAACGGCACCAGUAUUAACACAUUACGACCCCAAGAAACCCGUGAGAUUAGCGACAGAUGCCUCAUCGUGUGGAAUAGGUGCUGUUCUAUCAAAUGUAUCGGACGAAGGAGAAGAAAAACCAAUAGCUUAUGCCUCGAGAACACUUUCUUCUAGUGAGCAAAACUAUUCUAUGAUCGAGAAAGAGGACCUUGCAAUUAUUUUUGGAUUGAAGAAGUUUCAUCAGUAUGUGUAUGGAAGACGUUUUUCUUUAAUCACAGAUCAUAAGCCGCUUACUAUGAUACUGGGACCUAAACGGGGUGUUCCUGUCUUGGCAGUCUCCCGCUUGCAGAGAUGGGCGAUUCAACUGGGUGCAUAUCAGUAUGGUAUUGAAUACCGAACUUCAAAGAACAAUGCGAAUGUUGAUGCGUUGUCCCUGUUACCUAGGAAAAAUGUUGAAGAACCGGACGAAUGGGAGGAAGAGGCAGCGGCAGUAAACAGCGUUCAACUGAAGCGGUCACCUGUUUCAGUAAGUAUGUUUAGAGAAGCUACGCAAAAAGAUUCAGUAUUGUCUCGUGUAGUAUACUAUCUGUUACAUGGUUGGCCAGAAGGAAAGUUACCAGAGGAACUACAAUAUUUCUUUACAAAGCAAGACGAGUUUACUGUAGAAGAAGGAUGCCUAUUGAGAGGAACCCGAGUGGUAAUUCCAACCAAAUAUCAAGGAGUGGUGUUGUCGGAGUUGCAUAUAAAUCAUCCAGGAAUGGUGCGGAUGAAAUCUUUAGCACGUUUACAUGUGUGGUGGUCAACAUUAGACCAAGACAUUGAACAGACUGUGAGAGAUUGCACCAGUUGUCAAUUUAAUCGCUGUAAAUCUCCACUUAAAGUAAAUAAUCCAUGGAUUUGGCCUGUACGUCCAUGGCAACGAAUUCAUGUCGACUUUGCAGGUCCAGUCGAGGGUGACAUGUAUUUAAUAGUGGUAGAUGCUAAGUCUAAAUGGAUGGAGGUUAUAUCUAUGUCAUCAGCCACCGCUGCGGCAACAAUACAAGCAUUAAGAUCUUUAUUUUCAGUUCAUGGUCUACCGGAAGAGAUGGUGUCAGACAAUGGUCCACAAUUUGUUGCGCAGGAAAUGAAAGAUUUUCUAAAAGGCAAUGGAAUUCAAAUGCACUUAUCUUCACCGUACCACCCUGCUUCAAAUGAUGAAGCGGAAAGAGCAAGGAGAACAUUUAAAGACUCCAUGAAGAUUCGUAAGAAUGAAGAAGGAUCUCCUGGAGAGAAAUUAGCAAGAUUUUUGUUAGGAUAUCGUACCACACCACAUACAGCAACUGGAUGUACACCUGCAAAAAUUCUUAUGGGUCGACGACUUAGAACAAGAUUAGAUGUCUUGCAUCCCAGUCUGGCAAAUAAAAUGGAUAAGAAAUCACAUCAAUUACCGAAAUUGACAAAGCGUAAGUUAGAAAUUGGAGAUCCAGUGAUGAUAAAAGAUUAUAGAGCAAGAAGAGAUCGUUGGAUACAGGGAGUAAUUCAAAUGAAGUUAAGCCCAAUUACGUAUCGAGUGUUGGUGGACGAGGUAUUGUGGAAAAGACAUAUUGAUCAAUUGCGAAGUCUGGCAGAAUCAACAGUUCCAGAUGGUAAGACAAAACAAGAUGCUGAGAAAUAUCCCUCCAACUUGGAGACAAAAAAAAGUCUGGUGCUCGAUGAAAAUACAGUGUCUAAACAUAUCAACCAAGAGAUAUUCAAAGAACCAACUCUAAGUACCACAACGACCUUGAAAACCACGCCUCUACCGCAGGUACAGACCUUACCUGACAAGAUAACCAAAGAGCCCGGUAGUUGUAAUGACAGUGAACAAGUAUCAAACACUCGCCGGUAUCCUCUGCGUAAUCGCACGAAACCAAAACGUUUAAUUGAUGAAAUAUAG